AUGACCUUGCAAAAUGGCAACAUAAACUUUGCUCCCUUGGUCGUCCGAGACGAGAAAGUCCCCUCCACGAUAAUCUCCGAAGCAGAGUCAGUGAGCAGUGAUGACAACGGCAAUCCCAGAGCCAACGAAGCUCAACAGAAAAUUCUCUGUCUUGAUUCUCAUCCCUCUGAAAAGACACCAGAAUUCCAGAUCGCAGCAGCAACCCGGAACAUCCUCACUCAUCUUGGUGAAGAUACCACUCGCGAGGGUCUUCUAAAGACGCCCGAGCGCUAUGCCCGCGCAAUGCUGUUCUUCACCAAGGGUUACAAUGAGUCAUUGAAUGAAGUCGUCAAUGAUGCGAUCUUCAACGUGCAGUCAAAUGAGUUCGUCCUGGUCAAGGAUAUAGAGCUAUUUACCUACCUCCCCUCAAGCAGAGUGUUGGGCCUUUCAAAACUAGCUCGAAUCGCUGAAAUCUAUUCCCGGAGAUUACAAAUUCAAGAGAGGCUCACACAGGAGGUCGCUAGUGCAAUCGAGCAGGUUUUAGCCCCCCAGGGUGUUAUGGUAGUCAUUGAGGCGACCCAUCUGUGUAUGGUUAUGAGAGGCGUGCAAAAGAGUGGGGCACUGACAACGACGACGUAUCGGACUGGUGUCUUCACGCAUGAUAGAGAUGUUGAGAGAAGAUUUUGGGAUUCGCUUCGGUUAGGGAGGGCUUAA